AUGGAGAAUGCUACAGUAAGCAAUACUGAACACAAAAGUGAUAACGCGAAAAAAAUCGAGCAGUACUUUUCAUCAUUCACGGUCACGCCAAAACUCGUCAAAAUUUUGAGUGGUUGUGCAGUUGGUUCGUUUUUUGGACUGGGCAUUCGGUCGGCACUGAGACACACACGUGGCUCGGGGCACGAAAAGUUGGGAUCAGCGAAGCUUUUUGGCGGUGUCGGGGUUGCGCUGAGAGCGUUAGGGACGGCCACUGUGCUGACGUGCUCUGGAUUUGGAUUGCUGGUGAUUGCGGUGUCAGCCGUUCUUGACGUGAAUACACCACGUCAGUUCGGCCAUAAAAUGAGAUUGUUUUGUGGCGAUCGUUUGAGACUGGAGAAAAAAGAAAGUAUCGCCACUCUUUCUGAAUCACCUCUACACUACAAUAAAUUAAUGGAUACGUUACUGUCAGUCUUUCUGCUAAUAUUGUUAAUUGUGACUUCUGCACUGAUGCUCAAAUUAUGUGCCUUUCAACAACAUGCGCUGCCGCCGAGUCGUCGUGCCUUGCUGAUCACGGCACAUCCAGACGAUGAAACUAUGUUCUUUGGGCCAACAAUUCAAGGUCUUCUACGAGACGGUACACAGCUCUAUUUGCUGUGUCUUUCGACGGGUGAUGCCUACGGAGCUGGUGCUAGACGGAAGAAGGAGCUGGCGAAAUCAACGCAAACGUUGGGUAUUGUCGGCGAGAAUGUGAUCGUGUUAGAUUAUGAUAAUUUCAAAGAUGGGUUCAAGUUGUGGAGCAAAGAGCGAUUGGCCAGAGUGCUUCUGCGACACAUCCAAAUACUCGAUGUGGACAUUGUGAUCACAUUCGAUGGAUACGGUGUGAGCGCACACCCUAAUCACAUCUCGUGUUUUCGUGCUUUGCAGUAUUUGUACUCGAAUGGACUCAUACCAGCCGACGUUCAGGUAUUUGUACUGGAGAGUGUGACCGUGUGUCGUAAGUAUUUGUGGCUAUUGGAUGCGUUGAUUAGUGCAGUGCAUUCGACAUUCUUGUACGUCAGCUCACCAUCACAGUAUCUGACAACGUGGCGUGCAAUGUUCUGUCAUACAUCGCAAAUAAUUUGGUUCAGAUACCUAUAUAUGGCAUUCAGCAGAUAUUUGAUCAUCAAUACGCUGAAACGAAUUCAUUUAAAGCAACGUAAAAUUGUCGCCAAAAAAAAGUUGUAA